AGUUGCAACAUAGAAGCGGCAGCACAUUUUUCCAAUUAUUGUCAUAAUAAGUUGAUAUAUUAUAUAACAAGAUGAACAGCCUGAAGACAGCAACUAUGCGAUUUGCCAACUUGGCCAGUACAGCAAAUGGCGCAUUGGGCAAACGUGAUUUCGCCCGUAGUCUUUGGCACAUGACCAAAAAGCCGGCGGCGACAGGCGCCAGUGGCGACCAUGUUACCGUGUUGAAUGUGCACAAGCCCAGCAUUAACUGCACUUGUGGCUGCAAUGUGCACACCAAAGGUGAACGUGAACUUGUCGAGUUUCUCACCGAGGAGAUCGUUGCGGAGCGUAAGGUGCAAAAGGGCAAAACUGUUCCCAGCACAUUGGAAGGAUUUUGCGUAAAGCUGACUGGCGCCGAUGUGGAGCUGACCAAGGAGACGGACAAGGAAAAGGUUGUCGUAAGCUUCAAUGUGAACCACACAGUUGACAGCGAGCAAGAGCCUGAAAUCAAUCCAAAUGCCGACAAGCCGGAAUUGGGUGAAAUGCGCAGCAAGCCCCAGUUCGAAGUGGAUAUUAUUAGAGGUAGCUCCACCCUUUCGUUUACUUGCUCCUAUUUGGAGGGAGAGGCACAGGAGGGAGAGUACAAUGAUGUGUUUUCCAUUGAUGAGAUGUCCAUCUACGAGGGCGAGUGGAAUGACAAAAUCUAUGCCGUUGCUGGAGAUGUGCUCGAUGGCUACUUGUACGAUCUGUUGAUGAACAUUCUGGAGGAGAAGGGCAUCAGCAACGAGUUUGCUGAGAAACUCUCCGAUCUGGCCACAGCUCAUGAGCACAUCUCUUACAUUGCCUUGCUGGAGAAACUUUCCAAGUUCACAGCCGGCAAGUAAAAACUGAAUGUUCGUUGCUAAUUUUAAGGCGAAAGUUGUGUAGUUUUUUAAGUUUUCACCAGCAACUGCAGAUAUGGUACCAAUCGUUAGUCUAUCUAAACUAAAAACGUUUUUGAUCCUUUGUGUUUUUAGACGUAUGCUUUCGAUUGAACCUAGUUUUUAAGUCCAACGAUUGAUAAGCACAAGCCCAUCUAUGUUUUGGCUAAUCAACAAAGAGCACGUGCUAAAUGACUAUCUAGUGGAGCAUAUGCUCUGGCUUUGAUUAAGCUAAAUACAAC